AUGUCGACAAGCAAACAGAUCUUUAGCUUCGGACAGAAGGUCAAUGGAAGUCGUGCCCCCGUUGUGAGCUGGAGCCAUGACUCGUCUUACCUUGCUGUGGGGACCGAACGCAAAUACGUCUAUAUAGUGGACAAGCGCGGAAAGGUCUUAGUGGAGAAGGAGCUUCCAGUCUCAGGGAGAGUGGAGUGCAUUGAAUGGGACAACGAGGACGAAAUGUUGGCCAUUCUGACCGAGGGCGCCACUUCUGUGCUCUUGUGGGCUCCCUUCACGGGAAACCUGCUGGACGAGCUUAUUUUCGAGAACCAGAAAUUCAAGAUCAGCUGGCUGAAGUGGUCCUCCACCCACCCCGUCCUCACGUCAGGCAACGAAAAGGGCUACCUCAACUUCUACUUCAAAAAGAACAAGAGAAAAGUCCCCACCAUGGGCAAGCACUCCAAGAAAGUCAUAUGCGGAGACUGGAACAACGAGGGACUGCUGGUCACUGGCAGCGAGGACAAGCUCAUCACUAUCUCCAACCACAACUCAGACAACGCCGCCAACUCACUCGCUGUCAAGGCAGAACCCAGGGACCUUAAAUGGAUGACCAUGAAAACUGAAGAGAGAAACAAGAAACAGACCACCAUUUGCGGUGUAUUCAACCAGAAGACUUUGCUGAUCCACGAUAUUACUCAGGAUCGAUCCGCGCCCCUGGAACUCAUGUUUGAGUCCAAGUAUGGAAAAAUCAUCGACUAUCAGUUCUAUGGGGACGGCUACAUCGUGGUGGGAUUCAGCGAAGGAUACUAUUGUCACGUUUCCACUCACGAGAAGGAGAUGAAGGAUGAAAUCAAGAGCUAG